AUGGACGGCAUGAAUCAUGGAGGGCAAGGGCAAGGGCAUGGACUGGGGCUGGGGCAGGGCAAUCCCCGACCGCCACAGUCUGCGUUGGCCUUCCCCGGUAUCGACCUCGACUCGCAUAUGAUGUCCGACGACUUCUCCUUCGGCUCGCCCUUCAGCCCGACCGACUCCACCGCCCAGGAAGGCAUGCUCUCGGACUCCAUCUUCCCGGAAUGGAAAACCGGCGCCCCGCGCGGUGGCGACAGUCCCGAAGAGAUGCAGAAACAAGAUCCCCUCGCGGCCCAGAUCUGGAGGCUCUAUACUCGAACCAAGGCCAACCUCCCCAAUCAGGAACGUAUGGAGAACCUGACUUGGCGUAUGAUGGCCAUGAGUUUGAAACGCAAGGAACGCGAACAGGCUCGGACGGCACACGUCAAAUUGGAUACUACUGGGCCUGCCCCUAGCGGCAUUGCACAGCUGCGCCUGGAGGAUCAGGCGACCGGGAUGAACCAGAGCUCCGCCAUGAAUCUUGAUGCGACCCCCGACCCGAUGAACAUCGAUGACUUUAUCGUGCCUUUCGAUUCCCCGGUCGAGUACGUCUCCCACCCGGCCAUCGACCGCCAUUUUACUGCGACUCCGACGGCCUCCAUCCCGAUCAAGGUGCGCAAAGACCAGCCGAUGAACGACGCCGCCGCUGCCUCGUUCCCGCAUCCGCCACAGGACCAACGCAAAGACAGUGAAUUCGGUUAUGUCCCUCGUCGAGUGCGCAAGACUAGCGUCGACGAGCGCCAGUUCUUCGCCGGCCUCGCAGUUCCGGGUCGCAAGCGACCGGCCGAAUCCUCGCCCCAGGUACCUCCCGUCUCCAACUCGAUGCUCGCGCAACAUUCGGAACUCUCGGCGGGUCUUCCGGAUUAUUCGUUAGAUCACCCCCCAACCGCGUUUGCGAUGCCCGGAAAUGGUACCUUGGGGGGCUCCCGCAGACCUCAGCAUCAUCAUACUUCCAGCGUACCGUUCAGUCUGGAUACUUUUGGUGUACGUGAUGAGCCAGGUAUCAACUCGGCAGGACCUUACCAGCAACACUUUACUUUCUCCCCUUCGGAUUCCCCGAUGACUGCCGGGAACCCCUUCUCCAAUCUCUAUGCGCAGACACCACUGGCUUCCUCCCUGAAUUCGACAGAGUUCUUCUCUCCUCCACCAUCAGGCUACCAGUCCGCUGUGUCAACGCCUCAACCCAUCUACGAAGGAGAGCAGUCGAUGUUCUUCUCAGAUGCGCCGUCGGUGGAAUCGCAUGCCCAGCGCCGCAUCCCUGCAUAUCUUCAACAACGAUCGUCAAACCUGUCGGCGUCACUCCAGCCGCGUCACAUGUUUAACUCCACCAACGGCGAGUUCCAGUCUUCCGGGCCUGUCACCGGUCCACCUACGACCAUGCACGCAUCCGGGUUCUCUGUUCCGCCGCCGCAGCAUGUGGAUCCGUCGCAAGUGCUUGGUCCCGGCGAGUUUUCUUCAACUGCGCCCACCAACAGCAUGUUUACCUUCGGUGGUGACUCUGAUAACGAAGAUGAUGACGGCGCAACCUUUGAACGAGGAGGAAUUGCCAUGCCCAAUGACUUUCCGUCCAUGGAUGAUGGAGGUGACAUGAAUGCCGGGUUGACCUGGGAUACCGGCUUUCAUGGUUCGGUCCAGUCCUUACCUGGCUUUAACGGCCAGCAUCGCAAACAUGUCACGAUCGGCUCCACGGAUAUGAUGGAUGGCCCCCCUGAAUGGCAUCAUGCUGGAAGUCUGGGUCGCGGUCACGGCUCAGCUGCUUCGGUCAGUGAAGUACGCAACCGGGAACAGGAUCCUCGUCGCCAGAAGAUUGCUCGCACUACCUCCACCCCGAACGCCCCUCAGUUGCUACGUCAGAGUAUGAACGGUACUACGAGCGACCCGCCGACGAAUCACCCGUCCCCCAGCACGCCUCCCGAAUCCGGGCUGAAUAGUGCUGUGCCCUCUCGCCCCGCCAGCCCCGGAGGGUCCAAGAACGGAGACCCGAACGCCGGCCCGACUACUUGUACCAACUGCUUCACUCAGACUACUCCCCUCUGGCGCCGCAACCCGGAGGGUCAACCGCUGUGCAAUGCCUGUGGUCUCUUCCUGAAGCUUCACGGUGUUGUUCGCCCACUAUCACUCAAGACCGAUGUCAUCAAAAAGCGAAACCGCAGCAGUGCUAAUAGCCUCGCUGUCGGUACUUCCCGGUCGUCAAAAAAGUCGUCCCGCAAGAACUCUAUUGCGCAGGCCACAUCCAGUGUUGCUGCCUCUCGGGCACCGAGCGGCAACGCAUCUGAGUCACCACCUGCGAUCGCGGGAGCUGGUGGUAUAGGCAAACUAGGCGUGGUACCCAUCGCCGCCGCUCCGCCCAAGGCCGGGCCUCCCGCUGGUGUUGCUUCGGCCCGUGCCGGUGUCCAGGUGGCCCCCAGGCGGCAGCGUCGUCUUGAAAAAGCACCGACCGGGGCCGACCCAGACACUGAAGAAAGUCCUAGAACGAGUGCGCCUCCCAGCCGGUCGAAGGUGGUUCCUCUGGCACCAGCAAUGAUGCCACCGGCGGCUGCAAACCCAGCCAAUCAUAGUAUAGCGGGUGGCCAAGGUGCCAGUCAGGAGUGGGAGUGGCUAACCAUGAGUCUCUAG